AAAGUUGCAUUCCAGCCCUGGCUUUCAUCUCUCUCCCUGUCUCGUGAUUUUUGCUCUGGCGAAAACCUGAGAACUGCAUUUCUCGAAUCCUCUUUAUAUUUGACCUCGCCGAAGAUUGGUCGCUGUUCAUCUGAUUACCUUCUCUGUAGCUAGGGCUUCAAAGGGUUCUGAGUUAUGGCGGCGACGAUGAUGGUGAGUUCGGCGGGAGGGUUACUGGCAAUGCUCAACGAACCACAUCCUUCGUUGAAGCUUCACGCGCUCUCCUAUCUCAACAGCUUGGUCGACCAAUUCUGGCCCGAGAUCUCCACUAGCGUCCCGAUCAUAGAGAGCUUAUACGAAGAUGAAGAAUUCGAUCAGCAUCAGAGACAGCUUGCCGCGUUGCUUGUUUCCAAGGUUUUCUAUUAUUUGGGCGAGCUUAAUGAUUCUCUGUCUUAUGCCCUUGGGGCUGGAUCCUUGUUUGAUGUCUCAGAAGAUUCGGAUUAUGUCCAUACCCUUCUGGCGAAAGCAAUAGAUGAGUAUGCUAGUCUCAGGUCAAAGGCAGUUGAGUCUAAUGAGGAGGUCGUCAUUGACCCAAGACUGGAGGCCAUUGUUGAAAGAAUGCUUGACAAAUGUAUUGCUGAUGGGAAGUAUCAGCAGGCGAUGGGCAUUGCGAUAGAAUGUCGGAGACUGGAUAAAUUGGAGGAAGCUAUCACAAAAAGUGAUAACGUUCAUGGAACUUUAUCAUACUGCAUCAAUGUUUCUCAUUCCUUUGUUAACCGCAGAGAAUAUAGACAUGAGGUGCUACAUUUACUUGUUAACGUGUAUCAGAAGCUUCCUUCUCCAGAUUAUUUGAGCAUUUGUCAAUGCCUUAUGUUCUUGGACGAACCUCAAGGUGUUGCAAGCAUAUUGGAGAAGCUUCUUCGUUCUGAAAACAAGGAUGAUGCUUUAUUGGCAUUUCAAAUUGCUUUUGAUCUUGUGGAGAAUGAGCACCAGGCAUUUCUCUUGAAUGUUAGAGACCGUCUUCCGACUCCCAAGACUCGUCCUGCUGAAGUAGUUCAGGCCAUCGAAAAUACUGCUCCUCAGAGUGAGACUCCUUCAGGAGAUGCACAGAUGACAGAUGGGACUCCGUCUGUGACACAUGUGCAAGAAACAGAUCCUGCCGAAGCUACAUACUCUGAGAGGUUAACAAAGCUGAAGGGAAUUUUAUCCGGAGAGACAUCAAUACAGCUCACACUUCAGUUUUUGUACAACCAUAACAAAUCUGACCUGCUGAUCCUGAAGACAAUUAAACAGUCUGUUGAGAUGCGGAACAGUGUUUGCCACAGUGCUACAAUCCAUGCUAAUGCCAUAAUGCAUGCAGGAACAACAGUGGACACAUUUCUCAGAGAGAACUUGGAUUGGCUAAGCAGGGCCACCAAUUGGGCUAAGUUUAGUGCUACAGCAGGAUUAGGUGUUAUUCACAGGGGUCACCUGCAACAGGGUAGAUCACUUAUGGCCCCGUACUUGCCUCAGGGUGGAGCAGGUGGUGGUGGAAGUCCUUAUUCUGAAGGCGGUGCUUUAUAUGCUCUUGGCCUUAUUCACGCCAACCAUGGGGAGGGAAUCAAACAAUUUCUACGCGAUAGCCUUCGCAGCACUAACGUUGAGGUCAUUCAACAUGGGGCUUGUCUAGGCCUUGGUUUGGCAGCUUUGGGAACAGCCGAUGAAGACAUAUACGAUGAUAUAAAAAGUGUGCUUUACACUGACAGUGCUGUUGCUGGUGAAGCUGCUGGUAUCAGCAUGGGGCUAUUGCUGGCUGGAACGGCAACUGAAAAGGCGAGUGAGAUGCUUGCUUAUGCUCAUGAGACACAGCAUGAGAAGAUAAUAAGAGGAUUGGCACUAGGUAUUGCCCUUACAGUUUAUGGUAGAGAAGAGGGAGCAGAUACCUUGAUCGAGCAGAUGACUAGAGAUCAGGACCCCAUCCUGCGAUACGGUGGCAUGUAUGCCUUGGCUCUGGCUUACUGUGGAACCGCUAACAACAAGGCCAUUCGCCAACUGUUGCACUUCGCCGUGUCUGAUGUAAGCGAUGAUGUCAGGAGGACUGCUGUUCUGGCCCUAGGAUUCGUCUUGUAUUCUGAUCCAGAGCAGACCCCUCGUAUUGUAUCCCUGCUUUCUGAGUCAUACAAUCCACACGUUCGCUAUGGUGCUGCCCUUGCGGUAGGCAUAUCAUGUGCAGGCACUGGCCUAAGCGAGGCUAUAUCAUUGCUGGAGCCACUUACAUCAGAUGUGGUAGACUUUGUUCGGCAAGGUGCUCUCAUAGCAAUGGCCAUGGUUAUGAUCCAAAUCAGUGAAGCUAGCGAUUCGCGUGUUGGAGCAUUUAGGCGUCAACUUGAAAAGAUUAUACUCGACAAGCAUGAGGAUACGAUGAGCAAGAUGGGAGCGAUUUUGGCUUCAGGGAUCCUCGAUGCAGGUGGAAGGAAUGUGACUAUAAGGCUGCUUUCCAAGACGAAGCAUGACAAAAUCACCGCAGUCAUCGGCCUUGCUGUUUUCACCCAAUUUUGGUAUUGGUACCCUCUCAUCUAUUUCAUAAGCUUGGCCUUCUCGCCAACCGCCUUCAUCGGUUUGAACUAUGAUCUCAAAGUCCCGAAGUUUGAGUUCAUGUCAAAUGCAAAGCCGUCUUUGUUCGAAUACCCAAAACCGACCACUGUUCCCACCACCAAUACCGCCGUCAAACUACCUACUGCUGUCCUCUCGACCUCGGCCAAAGCCAAAGCUAGGGCUAAGAAAGAGGCAGAGUUGAAAGCUAACUCCGAAAAGGCAGCCAACACAGAGAAGGCUGGCAACGAGAGCGGAUCUGGAAAAGGAAAAGCAUUGACCGCCGAGAAGGAUGCGGACUCUAUGCAGGUGGAUGAUAGCACGGCGACAGUAGAGAAGAAGGCCGAACCAGAGCCAUCGUUUGAGAUUCUAGUAAACCCAGCUCGGGUAGUACCUGCGCAGGAGAAGUACAUGAAAUUUAUGGAAGAUAGCCGAUACGUGCCAGUGAAGCAAGCACCGUCGGGAUUCGUCCUCCUGAAAGACUUGCGUCCGAAGGAGCCGGAGGUCCUAUCUCUGACGGAUGCGCCCACUUCAGCAGCGAGUGGUGCAGCAGGUCAAGGCCAACACGGGACGACGGCCUCCUCGGCCAUGGCCGUAGACGAUGAGCCCCAACCUCCACAGCCAUUCGAAUACACAUCGUGAUGAUUCUGAGCCAAGUGUGGAGUGGGUUUUGUUUGAGGUUGUCGGAGAGAGCUUCAAAGAGAGAGAUUCGAUUUGGAUGACUUGUUACAACUGCUUUUGAUUCGGCUUAAUCGUUUUAGGGGUUGGGUUUGUUCUUAGUAUAACCACUUGAGAUUUCUUCUACGAGUCAAAAAUACCAACACUAAGCAAAAGCUUUGUUCUUAGACU